ACACAAUAUUCUAUGAUGCUAGCAUCAAUAUAUGAAGUUAACGAUUUCAUUGUCAGAAAUGCAUCCUUAGCUGGCUUUGUUGCACAUCGGAUCGCGGUUAGCCAUGAGAUUUCUACGGGAUCGGAGUAUCUGAAGUGUGGCUAAUUCGCGAUCCGCGUGUAACUGUGGCUGAUCUCCCAUUAUCGUGGCGCUUGUGACAGGAAACACAAUCCUUCCGCAAUCUCAUUUUAUCAAUGCCAGGAAGAGAAGGAGAAGAGCCUCGACCAAACCUCUUAGGUACUCAGGUAUCGAACGGGCCCUAAUUCUAACUCUCAAGACGGCCUUCAAGCCUCCGAAAAGCCUACCCCAGUUCUAAAAGGCCCCGGGGACAUCCGUCCGGGUAAAAUCGUAGCGCAUCGGUACACAUAAGCCAUUUUUCCAGAGAGGAAAAAAAAAGCGGGAAUCAGCUCCGGAGCUGAUUUGUCGGGAAAGAUGGGCUGGCCGUACCAAUUCGUCGACCUCGACGCUGCGCAAAAGCAGGCCAGGCGUCAGGUCCUCGAUAGGUAUGCUGCGUUCGCUCAGCUCUCGGCAUUGAUACCCAUUGCCGUGGUCCUGCUCUUCCGGCUCGGAUCGUGGCUGGUGAAACGGGCUUCGCCGGAAGGGCAACGCGGAGUUUACGAAGCUGUUCCGGCUUCUCCAGCUCUGAAGCAGAGGAGGCGCUCUGUUAUGGGCGUAUGGGCUAGCACUUAUAGAAGGUUCGUGUGGUGGCUGGGUGAUGAUGUUACGUUCCUAGGCAUAAGUUGGGGACAGCGAGAUCAGAUAUUCGUCGGCGCUGGAUGGACUCUUUGGCUUGUUUUUUUAUGUGUGAUGGGUACUGGAAAUGAUUAUCUUCACUUAACCAAGCGAUUUGGACAAGUCGCACUGUCGCAAUUUCCAUUACAGUACUUGAUGGCGCUUAAGAGCCUGAACCCUAUUGCUUUCGCAUUCGGGUCUUCUCAUGAGCAAGUUAAUCGAUGGCAUCGCGUUCUUGGAUGGGUCAUUUAUUUCUUGCUCUUCACACAUGCAUGCCUAUACCUUAACUUUUAUGUUCAGGAGGGAAUUUUGACCGAACGCCUUGUCCGCUUAAUUCCAGCCCUUGGUCUUGCCUCUAUCGUCGGUAUGAGUUUCAUGAAUGCCACGGCUAUCAAGUUCAUACGCCAAUACUCAUACCGUGUCUUCUUCAUCACCCACCUUACAGUAGCAAUGUUGCUCCCGCCUGCCAUAUUCUUCCAUUCCCACCACGGAGGUCGCCAGUAUGUGAUUGAGGCACUCGGUGUCUUCCUCAUCGAUAUCGCCAAACGAAGAUUCGAUACUGUCACGGCACCUGCAACCUUAGAGCUGAUCCCUGGAACGAGUCUAGUUAAGAUCGUAGCCGGCAUCCCCUCUAAGAAAAUCGACCGCUUUCGCAAGUAUCCUGGGAUGCAUGUGUACCUGAGUAUCCCGCCUGCCUCUCGCCGUAGUUCUAUCUUCUCGCCAUCCUACCUCCUUUUUGAAUGCGUGUUCAACCCGUUCACGAUCGCAUCGGUAGACGAAGAGUCUGGGGAUCUGACUUUAGUUGCGCGACGUCAUAGGGGGCCUAUGACUAGAACUCUAACUCAGUUCGCAGAAGAUGGGUUAGAUGGCGCAAAGGUGUCGCUCAAUAUUGACGGGCCUUAUGGGUGUGCGACGUGGUUCCCGAACUUGGGAGGUCCCGAGUUCCAUCGCGUUCUUUUUGUCGCUGGUGGAGUUGGUGCUACAUUCAUCUUGCCUCUAUACCGUUUAAUUGCAAAUGAAAACCCAGCAGCUCGUGUACAGAUGGUGUGGGCAGUCCACGGCGCUGGCGAUGCCACUUGGCCUACCUCUAACACUGCAGAGAACAUUUUAGACGACGAGAACAUCCAAUUGUUCUUGACUGGAAGCACCCUUACGAACAGUAGCACGGUACCCAGGUUGAGCGACGAAAGCGAAGCGGUAGAAUUAACCGACAUAUCCACUGAUGCCCGGCAAAUUCACAAACGACCCAAUUUGCAGAGAAUCGUUGACGAUUUCUUCCGACAAGGGCUUGAAGAGCGAGUUGCUAUAUUGGUAUGCGGCCCGGAAGAGAUGGCUCGUGAGUUGAGGUCCUACGUCGGAGCGUAUGUGAAGAAGGGCCGUGACGUGUGGUGGCAUAACGAGAGUUUCGCGUGGUAGUCUCAAAGUACUUUCUUGGAAAGAUUCUGUCAAGUAUAUAAGAUGUUUUUCAAGGAAAGAGUGAGAUACAACCCAUUGUUCCACCCGGAAUGCAUUUACAUCUCUUGGUGACGGGAUAGAAGUCCAGUGGCGUUUGCUAAGUCAGUUAUCCUACCUAGGUACCUUUUGGGUCUUUAUUCUACUGGCUACAAAGUUUUAUAUACUCUCAAGGUGUCCAUAAUAACCCUUACUAGUACAUCUAUCUGCCUUUCUAUUACGUGGUUACUGGCUACGUUAUUCGUCGAGCUAAGGAGGAAUAUGUUUAACUAACUCACUCUUUCUUCAGAGUAAAGUUUCUUCUUUCUUAAUAUAUCAUAGUUAGCGUUUAUAGAUGGGAUCUAUGACCCAUUCACAGUGGGGCUCUUUCCGUACUCGUUUUAUUCCUACUGGAUUAUAGGUAGCAAACUGCCGUCCCAUCAACUGGCUGCAGCCCUGGUGGAGUAUUGAUACCAGAACAAUCUCUAAUUGCAAUUUUAACA